UUGUCCUUGGUCCUGGUGAAGAAUGUAGAUAUAUCUAGUGGCAGGAGAAGAAAUAUCAUUUGUGAACGGAAAAUUUUCGCCAUCGUUCACUUUGUGAUGCAAGAUUGUGUCGUUGACUGUUAACGAAUCGUCAUAUUGUCGGGAAAAAAAAGUUUACAUAAAAAUCGAAAAUUUGGCGGCGACCCCUACUGUGGAGAUCUCGGACGACUACAGACGGUGGGACGGGGUUGUUCUUUUUUUUUUUUGAAGUGAAAGCCGUUGCCGUGAAGGAAGGUUUCAAUUCUACACGGUCGGCGGAAGAAGCUGCUGCCCCUGCAUCGGAGGCCCCGUUUUACCGCCAUCGUAGUGAUUCGCAAACGUCUAUUAAAAUAGUGGCCGGCGCAUUGGACGCUUUAUUUAGUUGAAGAAGAAAAAUUUGGAAGGAAGCAUCAGACCUGCCUUGUCUCUUUUCUACCUAUACAUCUUCAAUGGCUGUGGAGAAGAGUGCUCUAUGACCUCUCUGUACUUGUCCAAGUGUCAUGUGCUGGUGGGAGAGGAUCUGCGAUGAGUCUUUUUUAGCAGAAGGGGUGCUUGGUUUAACUUAACAAGUCAUGGCUGAACACCUUAUUGAAGGGCCGCCUAACAAGCGGCCCAAACUGAACGAUGCUAUUGGCAGCUGCCCGACUGAUUCAUCAGACAUGAUUGGGAAUCCACUGUUUGAUCUUGAAAACAAUCUACCUGAUGAGCUGUUCAGCACUUCAGGGGGAGGUUGGGGGAAUGCUUCUGCGAAUGUGAGCCAGCCAACAGCACAGCCACAACAACAGCAACCACAACAACAACAGUGUGUUCAAAGGCCCCAGUCAAUGGGCCCCAACAACCCUGGAAUGGGUAUGUCAAUGGGCCUGGGACCCGGGGCGCAGCAGCAGCAGCAACAAAAUGGAUCCAUGGAUGCUCAACACCACCACCAGCUUCCUCACAUGGGGAUGCAGAACAAAGCAUCGCUGAACAAUAUGAGUGGUGGUGCGAUUAGUGGCAGUGCAAUUGGGCCCAACAACUUGAACAUGGCAAACAGUGGUUUAAGCAAAGGGCCUCUUAAUAGUAAAUUGAACUCGCCGCCCGGUGGUGCUCCCAUGGCCAUGAUGAACUCGAUGGGAAACGGGCCACAAAUGAUGCAGUCUAUGCAGCAGCAACAGCAGCAACAACAAACGAUGAACAAUAUGUUGAACCCAACUGGAAUGGGUGGCGUCAACGUGUCAAUGAAAACACCGGGAUCUAUGAUGAAUGCUGGUCAGAUGAGCCAAAGUUUACAUAAUGGUCCACAAGCCAUGAUGGGAAAUCCUAGACCUGUUGGAGGCCUUCCGAGCACUAUGAUGCCGCAGCAACAGCAGCAAGCGCCACUAAGAGGGCAGCUUCUCCAAGGAAUGAAUCCUCAGGGACCCCGCUUACAGGGACCGGGAAUAGCUGGAAUGGGAGGUAUGGGCCCAAAUUCUGGACCAGGAACGAAUGUUAUGGCCAAUUCCAAUCAAUAUGGCUUCGCUAAUUCGAAUAUGCCUAAUGCUAUGAUGACAGCCCAACAGCAAAGGCCUAUCGGUACAGCUAAUGGUGGUAUACCACCAAUGCAAAAUAUGCAGCAGCAGCAACAACAACAACAACCGAGGUUUAAUAGCGAGCCAAACAUGAAUCCUAACAUGUCAGCCCGACCAGUUAUGAUGCCUGGUGGGGCAACGACCAUGGUUUCGGCACCGAUGGUUUCUACGGCGCCAUCAUCAGUCACUCAGACUCCCAUGGUGUCGUCCCAGCAGCAUCCUCAGCAGCAACAACAAUAUCCUCCAGUGCCAGCAAAUGCUCCUCAAGUGUCAGCACCUAGCGCCGCAGUUACCUCUGUCGCGCAACCGGCAGGAUCGGCUGGUGGUGCUGGGGCAGCUAGCGCGGCAGCCACCGCCGACCCCGAGAAAAGGAAGCUAAUCCAGCAGCAACUUGUACUCUUACUUCAUGCUCACAAGUGCCAGCGACGAGAGAAUCAAGCGAAUGGAGAGUGCACCCUUCCACACUGCCGGACUAUGAAGAAUGUUUUGAACCACAUGACGACGUGCCAGGCCGGAAAAUCAUGUCAAGUACCUCAUUGCUCGUCCUCGCGGCAAAUCAUUUCUCACUGGAAAAAUUGCAACCGUUCCGACUGCCCCGUCUGCUUGCCUCUCAAACAGGCAGACCGGAAUAAAGCUCCUCAUAACACUUCACAACCAAGUCCAGCGGGUUUUGAUGUUGGCUUGGGUUCGAACUCAAUUGGCGGUUCUUCGACAACCCCUGGUCAAAGUGUCUUACCGGCGCACAACCAAAGCGCUGCUGUUGGAGGAGUUCAGGCUCCACCUAAUGCUGUUGGUGGAAUGCCUAGGCCAUUGUUACCACCGCAACAGCAGAAUGCAAUGGUUCCUAUGAACAGCGCCCAGUUAGCUGGAAACAAUCCACCACCGGCGAUUUCUGCAAGCCAACCUGUUCUUCCUGGCACCAUGAAUCGUGGCCCUGCUCUAAACGCGGGACUGCAAUCUCAGCAGCAGGCCGCUGGUCCUACCGGGGCUGGUCCCAGGAAUGUUAGGGGUGCUAUCUCAGACAACGCUUCCAACAUUGAGCAUAUUAUGAGUCCAGUUAACUCAACAACUCCUUUGCCUGGUGGGCUGCAGCCAAGUCAGGUCACUGCCGACCCCGUCCAGGGAUCCAAAGAGUGGCAUCAGUCCGUCUCACCCGACCUGCGGAAUCACCUGGUCCAGAAGCUGGUCCUGGCCAUCUUUCCAACACCCGAUCCGCAGGCGAUGCUGGACAAGCGGAUGCACAACCUGGUGGCUUACGCACGGAAAGUGGAGAGCGACAUGUACAAGAUGGCCGAUUCCAGGUCAGAGUACUACCACCUUCUAGCCGAAAAGAUCUACAAAAUUCAGAAAGAACUGGACGAGAAACGGCAGAAGCGCAAGGAGCAACAACAGGCCCAGCAAACACCAACGUCAACACCGACAACGCCUUUGCAGCAGCAGGCUCCAUCUGCCUUGGCACAUCUUCCACCUGGUCAGCAGGUACCUCCACCCCAGCAUCAACAACAGCAGCAGCAGCAGCAGCAGCCUGUACCGCCGAGCAACAAUGCAGGUUUGAGACCUAAUAUGCCAGGGAUUGGGGAGUCUGGGCAGGGACCACGAGGAAUCGCGCCAACUAGUGGGAUGAUGAUGCGUAAUCCAGUUCCCAGUCCGGUGGGAAUGAAUCAAGUGCCAAAUCAACUUGGCCAGCAGCAACAGCAGAGAAUGGCAAUGCAGCAGAUAAGACCGGAUCAUGGAAAUGUUGGACCGCCUAAUCAAACCGUUCCUCCUCCUGGAUUGUCACCGUACGGUAGUAUGGGCACUCCAAUGAGCGCUAGUUCACCUUUUCCCAGUGCCAAUAUGAGCCAAAACGCGUCCCAGCAACAGCAACAGCAGAUGCGGAAUCGCAUGCCUGCUCCACCGUACUCAGUGGCCCAACAGCAGCAGUCGCAACAACGACAACAACCAAAUCAUGCAAUGAUGAUCCAGCAACAACAGCAUCACCAACAACAGCAACAACAACAAUCAGUUCAGUCUUCCACUGACCAACAACAACACAUGAAUGAGCGCAUGACUCCAAACGGAAUGACAUCAUCGAAUAUGCAACAAGGGAUGAACAUGCCUAUGCCGAACACUCCAUGUAGUAGCUUUGGUGAUACCCCCAGCGCUAUGCCAAUGUCAGACUCAACUCCUUUACAUGGCGUGGGAGGUAGCGCGAAUGACGCUAAUUGUGGAUCUGCCGGGGGAAAUAGUAUAAAAACUGAAAUAAAGCAGGAAGUGACACCUGGUGGCUACUUUAGUGUGAAAAAAGAAGAUGUGGAUCCACAGCAAAUGUUGCAGCAGGACGGCGAUGCGUUUGACGGACGAGACUCAGGAUUAAUCGAAGUCAAAGCAGAACCUGUCGAUGUUCCGGCCAGCGUUUCUAGCAGCAUGGAAGGGGCCGAAGAUAUCAAGGAGGAAGAAAAACCUGAAAUGAAAAUGGAACCGAUGGACGAUGGCCAUUUCGCCAAUGAUAAUUCCUCCUCCUGCCAUCAACAGCCACGUCUCACAGGCAUCAAAGAAGAAAAAGAGGAGCCAUCGACCCCUCUUUCGGCUGCUAGCAAUACCAACGAUACGAGCAGUUCAGAUAUGAAGCCAACUGGCGGUUUCGGAGGUGGCAACUCGGAUUCUUCUGUAACGACACCUGGUCCGUCUGCAAGCGCCAGCAAUACCUCAUCAGCUGUUGCCAUCCCACCCAUUGUCCGGCCGAAGAAGGCGGGCAAGAUCGUCUUUUCGCCCGACGAGCUCCGACAGGCCUUGAUGCCCACCUUGGAGAAACUGUACCGUCAGGACCCCGAGUCGAUUCCGUUCCGCGACCCGGUCGACCCGCACAAGCUCGGCAUUCCCGACUACUUUGACAUCAUCAAGAAGCCGAUGGAUCUGGCGACGAUCCGGCGCAAGAUCGACACGGGCCAGUACAAGGAUCCGUGGGAGUACGUGGACGACGUCUGGCUCAUGUUCGACAACGCCUGGCUCUACAACCGCAAGACGUCACGAGUCUACCGCUGCUGCACCAAACUCUCUGAAGUCUUCGAGCAGGAGAUCGACCCCGUGAUGCAGUCGCUGGGCUACUGCUGCGGCCGCAAGUACACGUUCAACCCGCAGGUCUUGUGCUGCUACGGCAAGCAGCUCUGCUCGAUCCCGCGCGACGCCAAGUACUUUAGCUACCACCGCUACACGUACUGCCUCAAGUGCUUCAACGACAUUCCCGGCGACACGGUUUCCCUCGGCGACGAUCCCACCCAGCCGCCAACGGUCAUCCGAAAAGAACAAUUCACAGAAUUGAAGAACGACGCGUUAGAUCUGGAGCCGUUUGUUGAUUGCGGAGAGUGUGGGCGAAAAUUGCACCAGAUUUGCGUCCUCCACAUGGACUGCAUCUGGCCGCAGGGUUUCACGUGCGACAACUGUCUCAAGUCGCGCGGCGAAAAGCGCAAGGAGAACAAGUACGGCGCCAAGCGGUUGCCCACCACCAAGCUGUCGACGUUCAUCGAGAACCGGGUCAACAACUUCUUGAAGAAGAAGGAGGCGGGCGCCGGCGAGGUGUCGAUCCGCGUCGUCGCCUCGGCCGACAAGAUCACGGAGGUGAAGCCGGGCAUGAAGAGCCGCUUUGUCGACAACGGCGAGAUGUGCGAGACGUUCCCCUACCGGGCCAAGGCCCUGUUCGCCUUCGAGGAGAUCGACGGGACGGACGUGUGCUUCUUCGGCAUGCACGUCCAGGAGUACGGCUCGGACAGUCCCAGUCCCAACACGCGGCGGGUCUACCUGGCCUACCUCGACUCUGUCCACUUUUUCCGACCGAAGCAGUUCCGCACGGCCGUCUACCACGAGAUCCUGCUCGGCUACCUCGACUACGUCAAGCAGCUGGGCUACUGCAUGGCUCACAUUUGGGCUUGUCCGCCCUCUGAGGGCGACGACUACAUCUUCCACUGCCAUCCGCCCGACCAGCGGAUCCCCAAGCCAAAGAGACUGCAGGACUGGUACAAGAAGAUGCUGGACCGUGGUAUCAUUGAACGGAUCGUUCUCGACUAUAAAGACAUCCUCAAACAAGCCAUGGAAGAUAAUUUGAAAUCGGCUGCAGAACUUCCCUAUUUUGAAGGAGAUUUUUGGCCCAACGUGCUCGAGGAGAGCAUCCGGGAAAUGGACCAGGAGGAGGAGGAGAAGAGGCGGCAGGCGGAAGCGUUGGAAGCGGCGGCGGCGGCCGUCAGCACGGACGAGACGGAAGCCGGGCCGGACGGGAAGAAGAAGGGUCAGAAGAAGGCCAAGAAGUCGAACAAGGCCAAGGCGACGAACCGCAAGAACAACAAGAAAUCGAACGCUCCACAGACGGGCAACGACCUCUCGACCAAAAUCUUCACGACGAUGGAGAAGCACAAGGAGGUGUUUUUCGUGAUCCGGCUCCACUCUGUCCAGGCGGCCGCGUCGCUCGGACCCGUCGUCGACCCCGACCCGCUCAUCCAGUGCGACCUGAUGGACGGCCGAGACGCCUUCCUGACGCUGGCCCGCGACAAGCACUACGAGUUUUCCUCGCUGCGGCGAUGCAAGUACUCUUCGAUGGCCAUGCUCUACGACCUGCACAACCAAGGGACGGACAGGUUCGUCUACACGUGCAACAACUGCAAGUCUCAGGUGGAGACGCGCUUCCACUGCACCGUGUGCGACGACUUUGACUUGUGCGUCCCCUGCUACGAGAAAGACGGCCAUCACCACAAAAUGGAGAAAUUGGGAUUCGACCUGGACGAUGGUUCGUCUCCUUCGGACUCCAAACAGGCCAACCCGCAAGAAGCGCGAAAAUUGUCCAUCCAGCGCUGUAUUCAGUCUCUUGUUCACGCGUGUCAGUGUCGCGAUGCCAACUGCCGUCUACCGUCGUGCCAGAAGAUGAAGCGCGUCGUGACGCACACGCGCUCUUGCAAGCGCAAGACGAACGGCGGCUGCCCCAUUUGCAAGCAGCUCAUCGCCCUCUGCUGCUACCACGCCAAGCACUGCACCGAGACCAAGUGCAUGGUGCCGUUCUGCCUCAACAUCCGGCAGAAGCUGCGCCAGCAGCAGUUGCAGCAGCGGCUCCAGCACGCCCACUUCCUCAAGAGGCGAAUGGCGGCCGUUUCUUCUAUGGGCAAUCGUUCAGCGUGCGGAACGGGGCCCAGUACACCGGGUCCGAUGAGUUCGGGCAUGGGGCCCUCAUCCCCGCUGGAGAGUCCCGGAGGUUCUGACAUGAUGGGCAUGGGUGGUGGUCAUUCUCAUCACAACCAACCAGGAGCCGGAAUGAAACCAGCGACUCAAACUCCACCUGCCAAUGUGCUUCAGGUUGUAAAGCAGGUCCAGGAAGAGGCAGCUAGCCAAGUGCCUCAACAAGGUGGUUUCGGAAAAGGUGGUAUGGGCAUGAUGAACACGAUGGGUGUGCGACCUCAUCAGCAUCCUCAACAACAGCAGCAAUCUGUUGGGGGCAUGGGUGCCGUCAACCCGGCGAUGGUGAUGCCUCCUCCGCAGAUGAUGCAACAUCCAAGGCCGCCAAUGAACAUGCAACCUGGUGGCAUGCCGGGGAACAUGGUCGGUGCUGGAAUGCAAGUGAAUCAAGUCGUCGGCGGACCUUCUGGGCCUAACGCUAUGGGUGGCAUGGGCGGUAAUGGCGGUAUGCCCAUCAACAAUAUGCAGGGAAAUCGUAUGGGCAUGGGGGGCGAGCAACAGUGGGGAGGUCCUCGCUUUGCUGGUCCAGCACAAGGGGGUGCGGUCCCCAAUCAAGUAAUGGGUCAACAACAACAAAUGCGACCUAUGGCACCAAACAAUAUGAUUGGAGCUCAACAACAACAACAGCCAGGCCAAGCGUCACCGGCCAUGUCAAUGGGCAACUCUCAAGGAGGAAUGAUGGGUCCUGGAGGUGGAGUCGCAGGCGUAGGGCCUAAUGUUGCGCAACAACAGCAACAGGUGAACGCCGUUCAACAACAACCUCAGGCGCAGUUGCAGCCAGGCAGUCUAACGCAGAUACCUGUAGGUGCCGGCGGAAUAACUGUACCAGGAGGAGCUCAGCGUCCAUUGCCGCAAGCCCUCCACCAACUGUUGCAAACGCUCAAAUCACCGAGCACGCCACAACAGCAACAGCAAGUUGUGCAAAUUCUGCGUAGCAAUCCCCAGCUAAUGGCAGCCUUCAUUAAACAGCGCUCUGUACUCCAACAGCAGCAGCAACAAAAUCAGAACCAGCAGCCUCAGCAGGGCCAACAACAAGUGCCCAACCAACAGGGGCAGCAAGGUUCCAUACCCAAUAACAUGCAGGCUAUGGCACAACCGGGAAUUCAAGCAGCCAUGCAAACCAUUCAGCAGCAACAGCAGAAUCAGCCUCAACAGCAAAACAUGCAACAAGGCUCUGGUCAACCCGGUAUGAUGGGCAAUGUUGGCAUGAAUGCAGGUCCUCCGAAUCAACAACAGCAAACUGUCCAGCAGCAACAACAGCAACAGUGGUUGAGACAACAACAGCAUCAGCAGCAAAUGAUGGCUUUACAGAGACAGCAACACCAACAGCAGCAGCAGCAGCAGCAGCAGCAGCAACAGCAGGGCUUCCAGCAACCUCCUCCAGUACAGCAUUUUGGACCGAGGGCAAGGCAACCGCUGCCGAGUAUGGGUGGGUUCCCUCAACAGCAGCAACAACAGCAGCACGGCUUUGGUGGAAACGGAGAUGGGAACCAAUUUAUGAGUCCCAACAAUCAAGGUCAGUUUGGUGGACAACAGCAGUCGACAAUGCAACAACUUUUGCAACAGCAGCAGCAGAUGAAGAACACGCCUCCGCCAACGAUGUCGCCGUCGCCGCAACAACAACAGGGCAUGAUGGUACAUCCAAAUGUUUCUCCGCAACAGCAGUUGAUGCAUGCCGUCCGAUCACCCCCUCCGUCUUUACCGCAGACGGUACGUUCUCCGCAGCCCAAUCCAUCUCCCCGAAUGGGUCCGUCGCCGUCCCCGCGUCAGCCAGCACCUUCACCUCGGAUGGCGACGCAGUCCCCCCAUCACGCAAUGGCCGCUGCCGUAGCGGCACAACAACAGCAGCAGCAGCAGCAACAACAACUAGGUGGACACGAUCCGUCCGACGCCCUCAUGCAGUCACAGAUGAUGAGCAACGCUCAGGAUCAACAACAACAGCAGCUGGAAACGCCGCAGGAUCAGCUUUCCAAGUUUGUCGAGGGACUUUGAUCGUUCGGAUUUGAUCAUCGCCUGUCAUUCAGCAUUAAGAAGCGGGGAAGAGCUUUUUCCAAAAGCUUGGGUAUUCAGUAUUAGGAGCUUCCUCUUUGUUUCAUUUCGUUGUUCAGUUUGUUAAACAUUCUUAAGUGACCUUUGACUGCGAGCCAAGCAAUAGCAAGUUAGUAGACUGAAUGCUGUGGAAGGCGUUCGUCCAUUUCCCUGCACCCUCUGUCCUAACCCACUAGCAAAGCGCCUCCUCCUCCCCUCUCAAAAUGGCAAAAUGUAAGUGGACAAAUUCCCAUCACACGAUGCUUAUAGAAUCUGGGCACACGCAAACGGCAAAAUGGUGGGGGUUUUUUUUUGGAUCACGAAUGACAUUUUUUUUUCAUUAUUAUUAAUUUUUUUUUUGAUCUCAAUUAAGUCUAGAAUGUAGACUCUACAACAGACGAGUUAUGGCGAGCAUCAAAGAUUGCAUAUGUUUUGUGAACUUAUAAGAUAAUAUACAUAUGAUGAAAACCUGUAUAGGAAACAAAGAGGCGGUAAAAAAAAGAAACGCCGUUCUUUGCGUACGAGGAGAGUAAACAAAUAAAUUUAAAAAGGAAAAGAAAAUUAGGAGAUUUUGAAAAGAAAAAAAAAUAAAUGCUCAAUCCUACGAUUUCCUCCGACCCCUCGUCUCUUUUUCCCGUCUCCCUCUCUUCCCCUUCGCAGUGCGAUUAACGAUUGGAUUUUCAUUUCUUAAUUUGAUCCCAACAUGCGAAUCUUGUACAUAGUAUCAAGUAACAAGGAAAACAUACCCAAAUAGGUGGACACCACCGUUCCUAUACGUCCGUCUCCUUACUUCAACUUAUCCACUCUAGGAUGAUUGUCUUUUUCUUUUUGAUAAUUUUGCCACAAUCAUACCGUCGACCGUUUCUUUUUGUUUUGCGUGUGCGUGGGUGCGUGUCGUUGAAAGGAAAACCCUCUAUUCUCGCCCUGAUCUUCCUUCUUUUCCUCAUUUACCUUGUUUCAACACCGAAAUUUUUUAAAAAGUAAUACUAUCGUAUAAGAAAAAUUCUGCUAAUAUCGACCUUGUGUGUGUGUGGGAGAGAGUGAGUGAGUGUGUGUUGAAAGGCAACUUUUGGCACAGCGCAACGUGUCGUCGUAGGUGUGCGUCUGUAAUAUCAAGUCAGUUGGAUGACUUAGUGUAAUUUGUACAGGUGAAAACAACAACAAAAAACAAAUUCUCAGUGCUAUUAAUAUUCUAUUUUGUAAUCGAGAUGACGCGUUGGACUCGGUCUCCCAAAUUGGGCGUCAUUAUUUCUGAAAAAAAGAACGAUGUCAUCUUUAUAACGAUUUUCUUGAGCGAAAACUGAAUUUUCCCCGUAUUUCCUUCUGCUCCAACUCCACACCACCACUUCUCCACAACAAAGAAAAAGCAGCUGAGAGCAUUGCUUUUUUGUAUAAUGAUAAAAGGGAACAACUUUUUUUUUGUGCUUGUCGAUUAUUAUUUUCAUUUUCCGUGUGUGGUCGGUCUUUUUUUCAUUCAUUUCUUGUGCGUGUUAUACGUGACUGUUUUGGACAAGACACUGUGUACAGGAUAACUUGCAGUUCAUUUGUAAAUAUUACUUGUUACUCUUUUGAUUACAAACCGUCUGAUCAUUCUUAAGUAA